AUGCAGCUCUCUACCUUGAUCAUAGCCCCAACCUUUUUCUCAGCCGGCAUUUACCUACUCCUAGGGUAUAUCAUCCGACUCUUCGGGCAGAAGUCUUCCUACUUCCGGUCGGGUUGCUACUUCUGGUUUUUCAGUGCCUGCGAUCUCGUUUCCCUCGCAGUCCAAGCUGUUGGGGGCGGUCUCGCUUCCGCCGCACUCAAUGCUCACCGAGAUAUGGCCGAUGGGACACAUAUUAUGAUUGCCGGUAUUGCAUUUCAGUUGGCCUCGACACUGGCAUUCACCGGCUGUAUGGUAGACUAUGUCUUUAGAACCAUCUAUCCCCAGAAAGGUACGAUCCCAAAGGGUGUUUUGUUUCUGUUUGCUGGCAUGGUGCUUAGUGUUCUGUGUAUCUGUAUUCGAAGUAUCUACCGGCUGGCUGAGCUGUCUCAAGGAUGGUCGAGUUAUCUCAUCACACAUGAGAAAUAUUUCAUCAUAUUAGACGCAGUAAUGAUGGCUAUAGCAGUGGGGAUCUUUGUCAUCUUUCACCCUAGUGUGAUGAUCUCGGCAGUUGAUUCACGGGCGAGGAGUCCCUAUCGGGAGCUGGCGCCGAUCAUUGUCACAUAA